AUGUGCAGGUAUAACUUUACUAAUAUAACUAAACUUACAAUAAUGGAAAUCCUUGAAUCUACUACUACAACAUCCAUGGUAAAAUCAGCCAAUCUGUCAACAUGUGCACUUACAUUUAAAGCAAAACUAAAAAUGGAAAAACGUGUGCUAGCCAUGCUCGAUGAGGCCCAUGGCCUGCUCCUUACAUACACCCACAGGGAGGUUCCCAACCCGGAAGCUCAUCAUUACCACCUGGAGGGCCUGGCCCCGCCCCCAGCGAGGUCCCGCCCCCAGAGUGUGUCUGAUUCAAGGUCUGGAUGA